AAACCACACUGUAUUGUAGCACUAGCGUAUUAAUCGACAAUGAUAACACACACAUUAUAUUAUUUUGACAGCAAAAAGUCAAACAUUGGUACAAUUAGCCAAGCGAUAGCUUAGCUUUAGCUAGGAAAUUUACCGAUACGCCAAAGUGCAAACACGGAAAUAUUAACAGGUAGCACACAGAAGAACCAUGUGGACGGAACGGCGAAGGAAAACUCUGUUGCGUUGUCGGCAUUAUUCGUAAAAAACAAACAAAGCAAAAAUACGUUGCCGAUAUGAUCGUUCUAUAUUCAGCUUAUUAAAAAGUCAAUUAUAUUAUUUGGACUUGAACUGUAUAUUUCGCGUAAUCAUGGGCAAAUCAAAGACCAAGAACCAGAAAAAGUCCCGAGUAGAAGCCCACCAAGCGGCCGAGGAGACGUACCGAUCCGUCCCUCACUCGUUUGUCUUCCAUCGAGGCCAAGUGGGCAAAAACGUGGCUCAGCUCAUCACGGAUGUCAGGAGAGUCAUGGAGCCCUUCACCGCAGAGCACUUAAAGGUCAAGAAAAAAAAUGUGCUCAAAGACUUUGUAGCUGUGGCUGGACCUAUUGGAGUGACACACUUCAUCAUCUUCAGCAAGACGCCCAGCUGUAUUAAUAUGAGGUUGGCACGACUACCAAAAGGACCCAUGCUCUACUUCAAAGUGCUCAAGUACACGCUCGUCAAAGACGUGGUCUCGUCUCUGAAGAAGCACCGGAUGCACGGGCAACAGUUCACGCACCACCCGCUGCUCAUCCUCAACAAUUUUGGAUCGGACGGCAUGCACAUCAAACUGAUGGCCACCAUGUUCCAGAACAUGUUCCCCUCCAUUAAUGUGCACAAGGUGAGCCUCAACACCAUCAAGAGAUGCGUGCUGCUCAGCUACAAACCGGAGACACAGGAAAUCGAAUUCCGCCAUUACAGCCUGAAGGUGGUGCCAGUGGGCAUGAGCCGCGGCAUCAAGAAGCUGAUGCAGGAGAGGUUCCCCAACAUGAGCAAGUUUGAGGACAUCAGUGAACUGAUGGUGAAAGGGGCGAACCUUUCAGAAAGCGAAGCGGAGCAGGACGGCGAGCACAACAUCACUGAGCUGCCGCAGGUGUACUCGGGCCGCGGCAACAUGACGUCGCAGCAAAGCGCCGUCCGUUUGACCGAAAUCGGGCCUCGCAUGACUCUGCAGCUGAUCAAGAUACAAGACGGAAUAUCGAGCGGGAACAUCAUGUACCACGCCACCAUCUUUAAGACGGAAGAGGAGAUCCAGGAGAUCCUGCAGAGGAAGGAGGCUGAGUUGAAGUCCAAACAAGAGCGCCGGAAGAAGCAGGAGCUCAACGUCGCUCAGAAGAAACUGAAAAAGGAGGCGCACAAGAAGAAGUGCCUAGCAGGCAUCAAGAGCAAAGGAGAUGCCGAGGACAGCGAGGUGGAGGAUCCUGGCGCGCAGGACGAGCGAGCGGCAGCCGUGGAGUCAGACGACGAGGCCGAGUACUAUCGGCAGGCUGUUGGAGAGGAGCCAGAUGAAGAUAUGUUCUCCGGAUCCAAGAGGAGGAGAAGCAAAGACGGACCUCAAGGACCUGCCAAAAAGAUGAGGAAGCUCUCUGCCAAUAAAACGUUCGUCCAAGAUAAAGGCAUGAAAAGAAGUGUACCAGGAGGACAUAAGGAUAAAGCAGCAAAGAAAUUCGGAAAGAAAACAUUUGGAGAGAAGCAGUCACCUGGAGGAAAGCCAUUCAAAAAGCAGCAGCAGGGCGGAGAAAAUAGAUUUGGCAGCAAGAAAAAACAGGGAGACAACAAGAGAACUUUUAGUGGAAAGCUAAACAAAGGCCAAGCGUUCCAGCGCAACAGUCAGAAGAGCAAAGCGACCGCAAACAAGAAAAGUGCCCGAGGUGCAAAGCAAAGCUCCAAACACAAGAAGAAAAAAGGUUGAGCACUUUUGAACUGCUAUGCUAACUGACUGUCUAAGAAAAGCAAAGCAAGAUUGAUCUUAUUGCUUUUGGUUUUUUUGCUGUACAUUUAUGGAAAUGUUUAUUUCUAAUAAAUUGUUGAAAUUAUUAACUC